GUUCUGAAACAGGUUUUGCCUGGCAUCCUGCAGAAGCAUUGCUGUAUCUUACCAGACAGGAACACAGAGUCACAGUGCACCCUCUGCGGAGAGCCGGAAGAGGAGGAGGGCGCGGACCUGGCCCAGCCGGGCAUCAGCUUCCCGGGGCCGGCUGAGGACGACCCAGACCAGCAGUAUUCAUGGUCCCCAACUCCGCACUUCAAUGAGGAGAGGUACUCCCCCGCACCAAGGACUAUGAAGGGCUUGUCUGGGAGUCGGAACCCGCCGCUGUGCUCCGGCCACACGUGCGGCCUGACGCCCCCCGAGGACUGCGAGCUGGGCCACCUGCACCAUGGCCCCGAGGCGCGGCCACCCUACCUGCUCAGCCCUGCCGACAGCUGCCCGCUGGAGCGCCACCGCUGCUCCCCGCGGACCUCCAUCCACUCCGACUGCGUGAUGCUGCCCGUGGUGCUGGGCGACCAUGUGUCCAGCAGCACCUUCCCCCGCAUGCACUACAGCUCCCACUACGACAGCAGGGACGACUGCGCCGUGGCCCACGCGGGCGCCAAGGCCAACCGCAUCCCAGCCAACCUGCUGGACCAGUUCGAGAAGCAGCUGCCGCUGCACCGGGACGGCUUCCACACGCUGCAGUACCAGCGCGCCUCCGCGGCCGCCGAGCAGCGCAGCGAGAGCCCCGGCCGCAUCCGGCACCUGGUGCACUCGGUGCAGAAGCUCUUCACCAAGUCCCACUCCCUGGAGGGCUCAUCCAAGGGCCACGUCAACGGCACCAGAGCCGACGGCAGGGCGGACGAGCACGCGCACGGCCACCACGCCAAGCACGGCCGGCGGAGCAAGAGCCGCGAGCGCAAGGUGGAGGGCCGGCCGCGUGGGGGCCCGGGCAGCUGGUGGGGCUCGGACGACAACCUGGACAGUGACAGCACCUGCCGCGCCUCCAGCGCGCUCGGCCGGCCUCACGCAGAGCCCGUGGCCCGCUGCUACCCCGACGCGCUUCCUGGCCCCUUCGGGGACCUCUCGCUGAGAACCUCCAAGAGCAACAAUGAUGUCAAGUGCUCGGCCUGCGAGGGCCUGGCUCUGACGCCUGAUGCCAAGUACAUGAAGCGCAGCUCCUGGUCCACGCUCACCGUGAGCCAGGCCAAGGAGGCCUACCGCAAGAGUUCCCUGCACCUGGACAAGCCACCCGGGCCCCCGGAGCUGAAGCCACCACUGCGGCCCUGCCACUACCUGCAGGUGCCCCAGGACGAGUGGGGAGGGCGCCCCACAGGGGGCAGAGACGAUGAGAUCCCCUGCAGGAGGAUGAGGAGCGGGAGCUACAUCAAAGCCAUGGGCGAUGAGGACAGCGGGGACUCGGACUCCAGCCCCAAGACGUCCCCCAAGCUGGCCCUCCGGCCAGAGCCCCUGCUCACAUCCAUCGGACAGAGGCCGCUGGGAGACCUCCAAACCCAGAGCUACCUACAAGCUGCCAGCGACGGGCCUGCCAGCCACGGGCUGGACCCCUCUGCCAACUACAACUCCCCGAAGUUCCGCUCCCGGAACCAGAGCUACAUGCGCGCCGUCAGCACCCUCAGCCAGGCCAGCUGCGUGAGCCAGAUGAGCGAGGCCGAGGUCAACGGGCAGUUCGAGUCGGUGUGCGAGUCAGUCUUCAGCGAAGUGGAGUCUCAGGCCAUGGACGCGCUGGACCUCCCGGGAUGCUUCCGGACGCGCAGCCACAGCUACCUGCGCGCCAUUCAAGCAGGCUACUCCCAGGACGACGAGUGUGUGCCCCUGACCAUCCCCACUGACGCCGCCUCCACCAUCCGGCCCACAGCCAGCAUCUCCUAUGCCAGCUACAAGAAGACGCCGCCCCCCGUGCCCCCUCGCACCACCUCCAAGCCCCUGAUCUCGGUGACAGCGCAAAGCAGCACCGAGUCCACGCAGGAUGCCUACCAGGACAGCCGCGCCCAGAGGAUGGCCGCCUGGCCCCCGGACGGCCGCGGCCUCUACAAUUCCACGGACAGUCUGGACAGCAACAAGGCCAUGAGCUUGGCCCUGGAGACGGCCGCGGCCCAGCGCCACGCCUCCGAGGGCCAGGGAGGCGCCACGCGGACCGGCGACAAGGCCAUCCUGGCGUCCAAGGCCGAGGAAUUCCUCAAGAGCCAGCGCUCCUCCAUUGGGGUCCAGGAUUCUGAAUUCCCAGAGCAUCAGCCAUACCCAAGGUCAGAUGUGGAGACGGCUACAGACUCCGACACGGAGAGCCGGGGACUGCGGGAGUACCACUCGGUGGGCGUCCAGGUGGAAGAUGAGAAACGACACGGACGCUUCAAGCGCUCCAACAGCGUGACGGCCGGGGUGCAGGCGGACCUGGAGCUGGAGGGCUUCCCAGGACACGUCACCACGGAGGACAAGGGCCUGCAGUUCGGGUCCUCCUUCCAGAGGCACUCGGAGCCCAGCACCCCCACGCAGUACGGGGCGGUGCGCACCGUCCGGACCCAGGGGCUCUUCAGUUACCGGGAGGACUAUCGGACCCCCGUGGACACUGCCAACCUGCCCCCUCCCGACCCCUGGCUGGAGCCAUCCCUGGACGCAGUGGACGGCGGGCGUGUGUCUCCGUGCCACAGGGACGGCGCGUGGUUCCUGAAGCUGCUGCACACGGAGACGAAGCGGAUGGAAGGCUGGUGCAAGGAGAUGGAGAGGGAAGCCGAGGAGAACGACCUCGUGGAGGAAGUCCUCGGCAAGAUCCGGAGUGCCGUGGGGAGCGCCCAGCUGCUGAUGUCCCAGAAGUUCCAGCAGUUUUACUGGCUCUGCCAGCAGAACAUGGACCCCAGCGCUAUGCCCAGGCCCACUUCCCAGGAUCUGGCCGGCUACUGGGACAUGCUGCAGCUGUCCGUUCAGGACGUCAGCAUGAAGUUUGACGAGUUGCACCAGCUGAAACUCAGCGACUGGAAGGUGGUCGAGUCUCCGGAGAGGAAGGAAGAAAGAAAGGUCCCCCCUCCAAUACCAAAGAAGCCCCCCAGAGGGAAACUCCCCAUCACCAGAGAGAAGUCUCUGGACCUGCCGGACAGGCAGCGGCAGGAGGCGCGGAGGCGGCUGGCGGCGGCCAAGAGGGCGGCGUCCUUCCGCCAGAGCUCAGCCAGCGAGCGGGCCGACAGCAUCGAGAUCUACAUCCCCGAGGCCCAGACGCGGCUCUAG